AUGGGCAUUUCCCAUAGCACCGCGCGAUACGUCGCCCCUCUCUCCUUCUUGAUCGAUUUUGCAGCUCAACAAUAUGGCAUGCUUUCCUCCCCAAACAUGAAAGAUAUUCACGAUGCGCAUCUUUCAUUUUGGUCUCCUCAACCAUACGCCAUUGCGCUUUUCUUUUUCCCACAACAGAUCUUCCAAUUGGUAUGGCUAUAUCGAUUGUGGAAAUUGGAUCCGAAGAAAAGUAUCAAGGAAAAGGAGGAGGUAGAUAAGAUGGUGGAUUUCGUACCCUUUUAUUGUGUGGGGAAUUUGUGUAUUGCUACCUGGAUGAUUUUCUGGAACUCCGCCUCCCUCAAAACCGCAAACAUAUUCGUUCUUAUCAAUUCCCUCACCCAACUCUACUACAUAUUUGCGCGUCAACCAGCUAUGAACACACAAUCCACCUCUUCCAUCCUUACCCAUAUAGUUUCCAAAACUUUCGCCGGAAUCGGUGUUUUGGAUCUCCUCCACAAUGGAUCUGUAGCUUAUUUUGACCACGAGGGUCCUUCAACCGCUGUCAAAAUCGUCACAGGAUUGGGAUUUGGUAUGUUGGCUAGUAACAGUGAUUGGAUUUUCGGUGGAUGUUUAGUGUAUGAUUUGGUAGCGUUGGCGGUUGGCCAGAGACAGAUUGGAGAGACGGGAUGGAGUAAUUUAUUGGGAGCUUAUGCUGUGGGUACGGCGGGCUUGGUGGGAUUGAGAAAUUGGGCUAGGCCUCCUUAUGUUUCGAAGGUUGACGGAUAUGAGGCUACCCCGUCUGAUGAUGAGGAUAAUAUUAUUGUCUAG